CCAUUCAGUAGAAUGCAAACAAGCCCAUGAAUGGCCGUACGCACGUACCAGUCGCAUUCUGCCCUGAAUCAUGAUAAGGCAAGCACAAGGUCAUAGUUCACUGGCGUAGUCCAGACACACAACAGCUAUGAGUGCAUGACUCUCAUAAAAAGACCGACGCUGCACGUACUGUUGACUAGCAAAGUCAUUGUGUAAAAGGGUGGAGGCUUUAUAGAGACUGCUGCUACCAAAAGAAUCUGAAUCGAAUCCAUUCUCAAAGACUACCAUCUGAAGACUCCCGUUAUCUUCACCUUCGACAUGGCAGACCAAGUCAGAUGCACCGUCUGGGGAUGUCCACGCACCUGUUCCUCCUCCUUCUUAAAGAGCAUGAACAGCAUCCCCGACUCCAAGAUCCUCUUUGAGCUCUACACCACGGCGUGGCACUUCGGUCCCGAGAGGGACAUCACCAUCGCUCACACUUUCCCCAAAGAACCGGACGUGGUUACCAACUUGACGGACACCGGUCUGCUGGAGGAGGACUCCAAGUCCGGCUUCCACAGCUCCGUCUGCACCUACGACUUCUGCAAGACCCAACUGGAGGCAGAGUACCCGGGCAAGCGACUGGUCCUCAAUAAGGAGAACGCCCCUUUUCUGAUCCCCAAGUACAACUACCUACCCAAGGGCUACCGGCACGUUUUCCUGAUCAGGGACCCACAUAUCGUCUUCCCGUCUUGGAAGGUUAUUGUCCAAGAGAUGAGGAUGGUCAAGCAUGGAGAGGUCAUCUCCUUGGAGAAGCUCAUCUUGGACAGACAGCCGCCCGACAUCAUGCCGACCGGCCUGGGCUUCAAGGAGACCUACGAGGUGUACAAGUACAUCAAGGAGAACGUGGAUCCGGACCCCAUCAUCAUCGACGCGGAAGACCUUGUCGCUAACCCGGAAGGUAUCUUAUCGGCCUUCUGCGAGAGGAUGGGCCUGCCGUAUUCCAAAGAUCUCCUGAGCUGGGACAGCGGGUCCGAACUGACCAAAGACUGGAUCAUCAGUCAGCGACACAAGUUCAUCCUGAAGAACGCCAAGACUCUGGAUGUUUUCCGCAACAGCACCGGAUUCCACAAGCCGGAGACUGAGGUGGGACACUACGCCGAGAUCACGCCUGAUGUUCAGCGAUGCGUCGACUUCAGCAUGCCGUACUAUGAGAAGAUGUAUGACCACCGUCUCAAGAUCUGAGCACAUUUCAUCGUGAUGCACGUCUUACAAGUCUAAAAGCAAACAUUUUUGACUGUUUUCUUCACUUUUUCUUCAAGUGAGGGACUGUUUUCAUCACUGACAAAAUCUAAAAAUAAUUAAACUUGAAAUAGAAGCCAUUAAAAGUUGCAAUAAAAAGUUAUCCCACACGGUAGAGAUAAAACUAUUGUAAGAGUAGAAAAACAUUUUGUGCUACAUGCAAUUUUUAACCCAUCGCUCUGUAAAAUGCAUUUAGCAUACCGAUGCCUACAACUACAAGCAACUGAAAUGGUUUUUUUUGUUUUAAUUUAUGGAAAUUGACUGCUCUUCAAAUCAUUACAUACUGCAUCCAAAUAAAAUGCCAAGUAAAUUAUGGCACAGCCUUGCAUUUUAUUUCGUCUCACAAAUAAUGAAACUUGGCUGUACAUGAACUACACGUGUGUAAAUCAACUCGGAUAUGAUUUCAUAAUUUACACAGAAAGGCUGAAGAUGAUGUUCAUUUGUCUGCUCUGAAAUUUGAAAAAUUUGGACUCUUUUUAACUUUAUUACCAGUGCCUUGUGUGAAAUAAGUUCCUAAGCCGGGGAUGUUUGGAGUGUAAACCAUACAAACAAAAAUUCUGUUUGUCUUUUGUAAAUCAUGAAGGAACAUAGUUCAAACAUGAGAUAUUAAGCACUGCUUUUUUUUUAUUUCAAGCUCAAUACAUCCAAUACACUUAAGAUGAGGUCACAAUGAUUAAUGUCAAUAGGGAAAUAAGGGAACGCAAACAAGAGCUUGCACUAUAGGCCUAUUCAUUAUAUUGAAUUGAAACUGCAAAUUCAAUGGCAUAAGUUCAAUGUGUAAUAACCCGCACGCAUUAGAUUUGAUGAAGUGCUGCUAAAUUCUUUCAAUAAUUUGGUUGAUGACCUAUGCCAACAAUUACAUGUAUUUAUAUGCAAAAUUUCAUGCACGAUUUGUUACUUUUGAGCAUGGUAGACAUUCUGUUAAAAGAAUCCCUUGUUUUUUCCUUAGCUGCGAAGGUCACGCAAUGAUGAACAAUUGUGUGCAACUGAAAGGAAUUUGUUUGUUGUAUAAAAUCUCAUGUACAAUGGAUCAACACAAUUGUUAGGGAUUUGACUUCAGUGCUUUUAGCGUUUAAAGAAGAAAAUAGAAUAAAGGAAAAUAAUGUGAGUUGAAUUAAAGUGAAUUAAAAGAACUUGAGAUGUCAGGACUCAUUGUUAAACAAAGUAACUGCGAGU